AUGAAAUUAUCGACGCCCCUUUUAUUGCUGUCUGCAGCGGUUCUUGGUGCCCUUGCCCAAGAAAGCACCACAAGUUCCACGCUUAGCAUUCGUAGUCACGUACUACCCAGCGGCGGGCCAUACACUAAGACCAGUGGCUCUUACACUCUUCCGACCACCACAGGGAGCCAAACGACUCCAUUGCCUACCAGCACAACCAUCACAACCAGUGCAACCAGUACAGGCACCCCUACCGUUGUCCCAACUACCUUACCGACGACUUCAACAACAACGAGCCCAUUACCUUCAUCCACGUUGUCAACUACAUCCACGGGCUCACGCACCUCGUCUUCAAGUUCCUCCACGUCUGCUACCACGAGCAGCAAACCUUCUUCUGGCGCUUUAUCCAUGACAGGCUUGGAAGGCGGCAACUACGUACUGGCAGCCCUUCUGUCUUCGCUUUUGUUCUUCCUCUAG